AAGGCUGUAUGGGUUAGAUCCCUUUGGCGUGCAUAAUAAGGAAAAAUUGUACUAAAAAAAAAUGUUUAUGGGUUAUAUGGGGCUGAAACGUAACUUUUCAUAAAAGAUAGAUAAAUAUCACUAUACGUUCAGAGCUUGGUUCAGAAGUUUCGUGAAACACAGCUAGUUGUAAAAAACAAAAUGGGAAAGGGAUUCAAUAACUAUAUGUGUAAAAAAUUCUUCCAUCCCGCUUCAAGAGACAAUUUGAAAAGGGUAUGGAUGGCAGAACAGAAAACAGAUGCAUACAAGAAAAAACAAGAAGAAUUGCGAUUACAAUAUGAAAAAGAACAGGAUCUACAUGAGAACAAAGCAUUACUAAGUAAAGAAAGUAAAGACAAAUUGAGUUUAAACUUCAUGUAUGAGCCUCCUCCUGGUGUAAAGAAAGAAAGGGAAAGAGAAGACAAUGAACCAGAAUAUAAAUUUGAAUGGCAAAGGAAAUACAAUGCUCCUAGAGAAAGCUAUUGUAAAGGAGACAAUGAAAUCAGAGAUCAGCCUUUUGGUAUACUUGUCAGGAAUGUAAGAUGCAUUAAGUGUCAUAAGUGGGGACAUAUCAAUACAGAUAAGGAAUGUACAAUGUAUACACUGUCCAUGAGUGAGGCACGUGCAUUACAAGCAUCGACUUCAACUCCUGAAGAAAAGGAAGAAAAACCAGAUGUACCAACUCUCAUGCAACAGAUGCGUGACACGGGCCUCAUCAUGAAACCGGGAGCACUGCCUCUGACUGCUGCUAAGGUUGAAGAUAAUGACUCUACUAAUCUUACUGAGCAUGACCUGAUCAGUCAACUAAGCAAAAAACAAAAGAAAAAGUUAUUGAAGAAAUUGGAAAAAUUGGAAAAGAAGAAGGAGAAGAAACUCAGGAAUAAAUCAAAACACUGAACAAAAAUGAAUUAACUCUCCAUACAAAUAAAUUAGAAGGACAGAAGAAUGUUAACAAUAUAUUUCAGUCAUUCUGCUUAGCACUUUUCUUAAUAAUUGCUUGAAUGAAGCCAAUUUUUUUCUCUGUCAAUAGUUUUUUUAGUAGCCACUGAUUGGCACUGAUGAAGUACAUAUUACCAAUAACUACUAAAUAUUUUUUUAUAUAUAAAAUUAAUAAAAUAAAAUUUAUGAUAAUGGUCGAAUUUCGAUCAUUCCGGGAACACAAA